AUGAGCUCCAUGGGUUUUGACAUCUUCAAUAAAUUCAGACUGGAUGGUAUACUCUGUGAUGUAAUUAUUGUGGUUGCUGGAAAAGAGUUUAAGGCUCACAAGAAUAUCAUGUGUAGCUGCGGUUCUUAUUUUAGGACUUUGUUUACCAGUGGCUGGAGCAGUACAGAGAAAAUGGUAUAUAACAUUCCUGGAGUUGCUCCAGACAUGAUGAAUGCAAUCAUAGAAUAUGUUUACACUAGAAGUAUCUCCAUCACAGUUCACAACGUGGAGCAACUUCUGAUUGCAGCAGAUCAGUUUGAUGUGUUAGGCCUUAAAAAGGAUUGCUGUAAAUUUCUUGAGUGUCAUCUAUGCAUAGAUAACUGCAUUGGAAUUUAUAGGUUUGCAGACUACUACUAUUGCCCUGAAUUGAAACACAAAACCCAACUCUUCAUUCUUUACAACUUUGAGAAGAUUGUAAAAGUAUCUGAAGAACUUUUGCAGCUCCCAGCUUUUGAACUUUCAGAAAUAAUUGAGAAAGAUGAUUUGAAUGUCAAGCAGGAGAAUGUGGUCUUCAAAGCUAUUGUAAAAUGGAUAUCUGGUGACCCACAUGACAGGAAGAAAUAUAUGCCACUUUUGCUUACAAAGGUACGGCUGGCAUUACUUGAUGCUGAGUAUUUCAUGUGCGAUGUCAAAAAUAACGACUAUGUGAGAGAUAAUGAGGCUUGCAAGCCUAUUAUAAUAAAUACCCUGAAAGUAAUAAAUCAACUCAACAUGAGUGGACCUUCAUACCUGAAUUAUAGGUACCUGCUAACUAGGCCCAGACUUCCAGAUACUGUCCUCUUUGCUUUUGGUGGAUGGAGUAAAGGCACUACCACAAAUAGUAUUGAAGCAUUUGAUGCUCGUGCUAAUAGCUGGGUGAAUGUCACAUGUCAUGGAGAAAGCCCUCGUGCUUAUCAUGGUGUAGUAUAUUUAAAUGGAUAUGUAUAUCUUAUUGGAGGGUGUGACAACAGGGAUAAAUUUAACACUGUCCGAUGUUUUGAUCCUGUAAAAAAGAUGUGGCAUGAGGUUUCAUCCAUGCAUUCAAAGCGUUGUUAUGUUAGUGUGACUGUACUGAAUAACUUAAUUUAUGCACUCGGGGGAUGUAAUGAUCACAGCUGCCUUAGUACAGCAGAGCGAUAUGACCCAGAAACUGACCGGUGGGCCUUGAUUUCCUCCAUGCAUUAUCGAAGAAGUGAAGCCAGUGCUGCUGCCCUUCACGGAAAGGUGUAUAUAUGCGGUGGCUAUACUGGCUAUGAAUGCUUAUCCAGAGCUGAAGCAUACAGUCCAGAAACCAACCAGUGGAAUUUGAUAGCAUCUAUGACAUGGAGACGAAGGGGAUUAGGAGUGGUUACAUAUCAACAAUGUAUUUAUGCGGUAGGAGGCAGUGAUGGAAUCAAUGAACUACAUCGUGCAGAGUUCUACAAUCCUCUUAAAAAUAUCUGGAGAACCAUCUCUAGCAGUUUCAUUCAUCGUAGCAAAUUUGGAAUUGAAGUGAUGGAUGACUUGCUCUUUAUUGUAGGUGGUGUCAGUGGCUUUACCACCAUUUACCACGUUGAAUGCUAUAAUGCAAAGACAGAGAAAUGUUAUAAAGCCUCUGAUCUCGGUAUAGGCCGCAGUGGUUUGAGUUGUUGUGUCAUUCCAGGCUUGCCAAAUGUUAGAGAGUAUGCAGUUCCAAGAGACAGCUAUAAUGAGAUUUAA